ACCAAGAAAAACAUCGAGCUAUUACAGACAGUGCAAAAUUUUGCAGCCCGGAUAGUUUCUGGAACGAGGAAAUUUGAUCAUGUUACACCUAUUCUUAAGCAGUUACAGUGGCUGCCAAUUGUUAAACAACUUGAGGUUAGGGAUGCUACCAUGGUAUUUAAAUGCUUAAAUGGACUUGCACCUCCAUAUCUUUGUCAGAAGUUUAAAACCAGAUCGGCAGUGCACAACUGCAACACUAGGAAUAGGGACCGCCUACAUAUACCACUCUGUAGGACGGCUGCAGGUCAGCGCGCGUUUACCUUCAGAGGCCAAAGGCUGUGGAAUAGUCUCCCAGACGAGUUUCAGUCUAUCACUAAUUUAGAUGUAUUUAAGGUUAAAAUAAAACAGCAUUUUUUAAGGGUAUUUUUGGAAAACUAA